AUGGCAUUGAAUAGAAAUGGAAACUAUUCGAAUAUUUUCCACCAUAAAGGCGUUAAAUAUAUUUAUAAACGAUAUGCUUCCCUGUUCUUUUGCAUUGGAGUAGAUGAGGAUGAAAAUGAGCUUUUAGCGCUUGCUUUAAUCCAUAGAAUUGUCGAAGCGCUUGAUCGUUACUUUGGAAACGUUUGCGAGCUCGACGUUAUCUUCAAUUUCGAACGAGUCCACGCUGUUUUGGACGAAAUUUUGCUCGGAGGGGAAAUUCAGGAAACAUCGCUUCGAGAAAUAAAACUACACGUGCAAAAUGCGGAUACUGAGAUGGAGAACGAAAUCAACGGCGAUGUGGAAGCAGUAAUCAAUUUGCAACAAUUUCGCCGUCAAAUUCGCCGGGUGUGA